ACCCAAUGUGCUUCAGCUAGGUGGGCUGGGUUACACAGCUAGCUACCUAUCCGGUGUCUUCGCUGUGCUAACACACGCUAACCCCACGCAAACUGUUGUGCUUUCUGGUGUGACCAAGUGCGCAGAAUCCUGAUGCUGAGCCGACUGUACACGUUAGCCCUCUUUAUGCAUGUGUAAACGUUUAAAAGAAGGGAGGCUUGGCAUUCUAAUCCUCCAUCAGCAGCAGCAGCCACGGGUCGUCCCGACUAUAGCCGCCUCCCGCUGCUAGCUGAAGUUCCUCAUCCGCCUGUGGAGGAGCUCUCUUAGUUGUAGCUUAGUUUUAGCUAGCUGAACACACCAAGGCGGUGGAUAGCCUUCAUGUCUACCUCUCUGCCACAGGACGAGUUACGAAAGGGAAAUCUUGCAGUUCAUGUUUCGCCAAGAAGUCAGUGUGACGUCUUUUAUUCCAUCUUGUUCGUAUCUUUUCCAACACGAGAAGAGGAAUAUGUCCAGAUAUAAUAUAUACAGCCUGUUGGACUGGGUCUAUGGCGGGGUGGACCCGAAGUUUGAGGGCAACGGGGGCCCCGAGUGUGCCGCUUUCAUCGCGCCCCAGCAGCGCAUCAGUGAGAGUCUGAUCAUAGUCCUCAUCUCCCUCCUGGAGAUUGGUGUGGCAUUGAAGAAAAUAAACAUCUCCAAAGAUCUGAAAGUGGUCGGAAAAGACUGCAUCAGAGCAAAGGAGGACAGUCUGGGCAAGAACCUGUUGCUUGUCGCCCUUUGCAUGACUUUUGGGGUGGAAGUUGGGUUCAAAUUUGCGACUAAGACUGUGAUAUAUCUGUUGAAUCCGUGCCAUGUCGUGACCAUGGUUCAGAUCUUCCUGCUGGCAUGCCCGCCGUGUAAAACAGCAAUGGUUGUAUUCAGGCUGCAGGUCCACAUGCUGAAUGGCGCGUUGCUGGCUUUAAUGUUUCCUGUAGUCAACACCAGAUUGCUGCCAUUUGAGAAAGAGAUUUACUACAUCCAACACUCCAUGUUGUACCUGGUGCCCCUCUACCUGUUCAGGAAAGGAGGUGUGUACAAGCCCGAGCCCCUGGGGGACAUGUGGUGGGCGCUGCUCUCCACUGGCAUCCUCUUCCUCUAUCAUUUCCUCUUCUUGCAGGUUCUGGGCCUGGUGACCGAGGUCAACCUGAACAACAUGCUCUGCCCGGCCGUGUCCGAUCCUUUUUACGGGCCCUGGUACCGGGUCUGGGCGACGGGACACCAGACCCUGCUGACCCUCAUCCACGGGAAGGUGCUUACGUUUCUGUCACAGCACACCGGCUCCGUGUGCAGAUCCAUGCUGGAUGCCAUGCGACUGCGCGGCAAGAAAGUUGACUAAGAACCCACAAACACAGCCUUUCACUCAAAAUGCCUGCUUGUACUGUGGGGAUUUUUUUUUUCUAUAUCAUCAUUUUAAUGCGUCUUUUAAAACUUCCAUCUGUUUCACUGAAACAAGUGAGCAUUUCAGGGUCAGUAUGUGUCUUUUUUUUUUUUCGUUUAGUGUUGUAGUUGGCUUGCAUACAUGCUUGCAUGCACAAAUGUAGUUGGAAUUUUAAGGCUAAUAGUUUUGUAAUGUGAAGUCGGUGAGGCUUUUUUGGGAUUCCAGGAAGCAGUUACUGAGUUUAUGAGGGAUUAUGUUUUCUUCUCAAGCUGCCUUUUUGUAACUGCAGUGUUUAAGGACUGAAAUGGGAGUCGGCAAACGUCACUACUGAUCCACGUUUGUUACACUUUCAAUUCUUUAUGUGGUAGUUUUGCUAGAUUAUAUGUUAGUGGGUGAAGCUGCCAUUUUAUUUUUCUCAAAAGCAUUUUGAACCAGAUCGUGGACGUGAGCUGUCGUAGAAGUUCUUGCUUGCUUAUUGCUGGAGGAGUUGCGAUCUGCAGGUGAAGUAGCGUUUUUGUUAAACAUGUAUGAUCACCUCUCAGUGUUGUCAUGAGUGAAAACGUAUGUAUCCCACUUUACCACAAACACAUGCAGGUUUUGGAGGCGUCAUUGAAAAGCCUCCCUCUCCAACCCAUUCAGAUCAUUCCAGUUACGAUAAUCAGGGGACGUGAGGGUUUUGGUUUGUGAAGAUGUAUGAAUUUACACUGGGAUGUUAUUAUUACCUCCGCUGAGGAGGAUGCGUGUUCGUCUUUGCGCUGUGUUUUUUAAGACCUGUUGUGAUCUUGGACCAUGUUCAGUGAGUUGUAAGCGUCAUAAAUGUGCUUUUGGGAUGAAUGCGAUGUUUGUCAAGAUCAGCAAGAUCUUGGAAAAAUGUGUAUUUAGGUUUGGAAGUCAUCCAUUGUAACACUUGAAAAGAAUAAUCUUAACAGGGUAUGCUGAAUUCACUCCCCUUCAACAACUGUAACGAGUUUAAGUUUUGUAAAAAUAAAUAAAUACAUAAAAAAUAAGUCAAGUAAAAAAGAGGAUUUGCAUGAAGUCACUUUGGGUCAUUUAUUAAGUACCCAAAAGAAAGUAUUAUAACUCUAUAAUUGGUCAUAUUUCAUUUCAAGUAUGGGAGGUGUGUAUUACUGUAGCAUUUACUGUACUGCACUGUAAAGAAGGGACAAACUUUUGUAUUCCAGUUUGUGUGUAUGUACUGUUGACAAUAAAAGUGAUUCCAGUUGGUCAUUCAAAUAAAGUCUCUGUCAUUUACACAUUCA